AUGUUUAAGAAUGCUAAGGAAAUGGUGUCAAGGUGUGAUGAAUGUCAAAGAGCUGGUAAUCUAACCAAGAGGAAUGAGAUGCCACAGCAAUACAUACUAGAGCUAGAGCUAUUUGAUGUCUGGGGGAUCGAUUUCAUGGGACCCUUCCCAACCUCCUACUCAAAUAGCUACAUAUUAGUGGCUGUUGAUUAUGGUUCAAGAUAUGGAGUAAAGCACAAAGUGGCAACUCCAUACCACCCACAGACCAACAGAAAAGUUGAGAUCUCCAACAGGGAAUUAAAACGAAUCCUUGAAAAAACUGUUGGAAGCUCAGUAAAGGACUGGUCUAAAAAGCUAAACGAUGCUCUAUGGGCCUACAGAACAACCUUCAAGACCCCCAUUAGGAUGUCACCAUAUCAACUGGUAUUUGGCAAGGCUUAUCACUUGCCGGUUGAAUUGGAGCAUAGAGCCUUCUGGGCUCUAAAACUACUGAACUUUGAUGAGCAAGCUGUUGGAGAAAAGAGAUUAAUGCAACUCAAUGAGCUGGAAGAGUUUAGAAAUCAAGCAUAUGAGAAUGCAAAAAUCUACAAAGAGAACACAAACAGGUGGCAUGACCAAAAGAUAGCAAGAAGGGAGUUCACUGAAGGACAGAAGGUGUUACUCUACAACUCAAGACUCAAGUUCUUCCCUGAAAAACUUAAGUCUCGAUGGUCAGGACUUUUCACCAUACUCAAAGUUUUUCCCUAUGGUCAUGUGGAGCUCAUGGAGGACAAGACUCAGAGAACUUUUUCUAUCAGUGGCCAUAGACUCAAACACUACUUGGGAGGCUCCUUGGAGGAGCAGAGAGUGAGCUACAAGCUCAGCUAA